AAACUGCUAAGCCAGAGAAGUGAAGAGGACCACCUCUGGGCAGAACGGUCAGGUGUUCGGGCAGGUUGGUUUAUGAAUAUCGUAACGAUUACGUCAUCAGGCUCACCUAAAUACGUAGCUCGUUUCGAACCAUUAAUGACAACAGAUCCCUCGCAAAGGACCAAUUGGGCCCCGGCCCACGACGGCAAUAACGAAAACAUCAUGAUGCAUAGAGAUUAUUGGGUUCCUUGUGCUGAGACAUUAAAGGUGAAAAAUGUCUCGCUAUCAAGGGGACUGGCAAAAGGCAAUGAAUAA